AUGAUGGAGCAUGGAAUAAAUCUUGUUCUGAUGUCAAUUACGUCGUUGCAGUGCCCUAUGAGCAACAGCAGGAUGUCUGAGACUGAUCCACAAUUCCCGGGUGAAUUUCGAAAUCCGGGGAAAGUCAUAAAUGGCCUAUCCAAGGAUAGGGAGUUUACUUUGGGAUAUAAUUCCGUAGUACCCCGUCGAUAUCAUGCACUCAAUACUCACUGGGACUCAAAUCAGGUCACUGUGUUCUUUCCUGACUACCGAGGAUUGUAA